CGUCUCAGGUGAAGGUGUGGUGAUAAUUUGGUGCUUCCGUGUUUCUUCAAUAAACUUCUACUACGAAUUCACAAUUCGACCCAUCAUUUUACUGCUCUUCGUUCGACAACAGAAUACCUCUUUGUCGUAAUACCUUUCGUGACAUCUAGGAAAAAGUAAAAGUACACCAUUGAAAACAUGGGUGGCAUGACGCAAAGGCCGUGGACACCAACGAAAAGACGAGGUCCAAUCGCUGCAGAAUACAGUAGUCCAGGUCCUGCUUGUGUAACAUUACCGCCACUAAUUGGAAAAACUGUUCCAGAUUCGAAACGAGGCAGAGCACCCGCCUUUUCUUUUGGAAACAGACACGCAAAGAAGAACGAUAGUCCUGGACCUGGUCCUGGUCAAUACAACGUUUCCGGGCUCAGCGCCAAAGGAAAAGACGCAGCACCAGCAUCAUCGUUGCAUGGACGUACAAAAUCCACGAAACAAGCAGUUACGCCAGCACCUGGUGAUUACAAUCCGGAAAAGGCCGAGAAGAUCAUUCUGGACAGUUCACCAAAGUACUCGUUCGGCAUUAAAACGCUAACCGAGAAGAUUAGUUGCACACCCGCGCCGAGCGACUAUUGCACCGAAAAGGUGAAUUUCGACAAAACCCCUGAGUACAGUUUCGGCUUGAAACCUGUACUGGACAAAGCGAGCGAUAUUCCUGCGCCCGGAACUUACUGUCCGGAGAAGGUAAGAUUGGACAAUGCACCACAAUUCACUUUCGGACUUAGGCCUCACCCCGAAAAACCGAGCGAUACCCCAGCACCUGGUACCUAUAGCCCCGAAAAAGUCAAUCUGGACAAGGGUCCUCAGUACAGUCUCACGGGAAAAGGUCGCGUAGAAAAACCUGACAACAUCCCUGCCCCUGGUACUUACAAUCCCGAAAAAGUCAAUUUGGAUAAAGGCCCCCAAUAUAGUUUAAGUGGAAAGCUUCCAUAUGAUAAACCAGAUAACACUCCAGCACCAGGAACUUAUGCUCCUGAGAAAGUAAAUCUUGAUAAAUCACCACAAUAUAGCUUUGGUUUAAGAACAUCCCUUGAUAAACCAAAUACGAAUCCAGCACCUGGAGAUUAUUGCCCAGAAAAGGUGAACUUAAACAAAGGUCCAGAAUAUAGUUUGUAUGGGAAAGGAAUGCCAGAAAAGCCAAACGAUAAUCCAGCACCAGGGGCAUAUAGUCCUGAGAAAGUAAAUUUGGAUAAGGGUCCUCAGUUCAGUUUAUCUGGUAAAGGAUUAUCAGAAAAACCUAAUGAUAAUCCAGCUCCUGGAACAUACAGUCCAGAGAAGAUAAAUUUAGAUAAAGGACCCCAAUAUAGUCUAUCAGGAAAAGGCGUGUCAGAAAAACCCAACAACAAUCCAGGCCCUGCUGAUUACUAUCCAGAGAAAAUAGUAAAUUUGGAACAUAAACCUUAUUUCAGUUUUGGUAAUAGAAAGCCCUUGGAUAGGCCUAGGGAUACACCAGCACCUGGUACUUAUUCCCCUGAAAAAGUCAAUUUAGAUAAGUCACCACAAUACUCGUUUGGUUUAAAGACGUUUGUUGACAAAUUCAAUGAUAUACCUGCUCCUGGAAGUUACCAUCCUGAGAAGGUAAAUUUGAAUAAGUCUCCUCGGUACAGUUUUGGAGUUAAGACUGAGGUACAUGAAACAGACUCUAUACCAGGUCCAGGUGAAUACAGUCCAGAGAAAGCUAUGCUUUUAUUGGAAAAAGCAUUAAGAUUUACUUUUGGUCUGAGGACAAGCUUAAACAGACCAAAUGACAUUCCAGCUCCAAACGUGUACAACAUUCCUUCUGCCAUCGGCGAAACAAAGGAAGGAAAUAAGAAAACAGCGCCAGCUUACUCAAUCUCGGGUAGACAGAAAGUUUUUGCAGAUGAUCGCGUUUUAGUUCCUGGACCUGGCACAUACGAAGCUAUUAAACCAGACGCAGUCAGAGUGAAAAGUCCUGCCUAUAGUAUAAGCGCUCGCUGUCAACUGCCCGACGAUCAUUCACAGAUUCCAGGACCUGGAGCACACUGUCCAGAAAAAGUAGUUCUUGACAUUCCGCCAGCACAUUCAUUUGGCAUUAGACACUCGCCAUACAUAUGCAACCUCAAGGACGUCGUUUAUUAACAUAAAAGCCUUGCGCGACUUGGUUUCCG